AGCGUCGCGACCCCGCUCAGUCAGUGUCGCCGCCGCGGAGACACACGGGGAGGACGUCCGCGCGGCACGGUCCGCGCGCCGGCUGCUCCGACACCAUGGUUCACACGCGCCAAUUGACGGUGUUGCUGCUGGCCUCAAUACUGGCACCCCCCGCCGCCGGGCAGGCCAUGAUGGCUCUGGCGCUGGCCAGCAGAGCCGCGCUCGCCGGAAUGCUCUACUCGUCCAUGAUGGGAAGGCCGUCGUUCAUCGGCGGAGGAAAGGGAAAAGGCCACAAAGGUCAUAAAGGUGAGGUUCUCCAGCAGGACAUACCGCGUGCCGAGCCCGCUACUCAGAUCCUCCGCUUCAAAAAGUACAAGUUCAAGAAGCCGAAGCCGAUAGUGAUCCGGCACCAUCUCUGGCCGCGUCCCGAGGAGUACCACGAGUACGGGGAGGACAUGUACUCCCACCACAAGGAGGACUACGGAAUGUCCGGCCACCUGGACUCGGGGGAUGACCAUGGUUACGGACACACAGCCGAGUACGGCUUCCCCAACAAGGACAUCGAGGAGAACAAACACCAUUACUCGUACGGACAAUACGGAGUGUUUAGGUCUUUGGAGGAGAGCAUCAAAGCCUCCAGUCCACUGAACAAGAAUAAAUACCAGUUCCCGGAAAUCCUGGGACAACAUAAGAAGGGUCACAAGCACGGGUACAAGGGCGGCCCGCCGCCGGGCCCCCCGGGGGCGCUCGUCGUCCGGCCGCCGCCGGCGCCGGCUCCCGGCCCGGUGACGGUGACCGUGGUCCGACCCCGGCCGACAGUCACCGUGGUGGGGCCGCGGCCGCCCACCGUCCUGCCACCGGCGCCGCCAACCGUCACCGUGCGGCCGCCCACCGUCACUGUGCGGCCUCCGGCGCCGCCGCCCACAGCCACCGUCCUGCCGACAGUCACCGUCCGACCGCCCAUCGUCACCGUUACCGCCACCCUGCCGGGACCGGCCCCGCCGCCGGGCCCGCCGCCGGGCGUGGUGACACCGCUGCCCCGGCCGCCACCGGUCCGUCCCCCCGCGCCGCCCACCACCCGUCCUCCGGUACCCGGCCCCGCCCCACCGACCCCCCGUCCCCCGGUCCCUGGACCCGCACCGCCCACGCCCCGCCCCCCGGUCCCUGCCCCGGUCCCACCGACCGUGGCGCCGCCGGUGCCCCGUCCCCCGGUGGUCCGCCCUCCGGCGCCGCCUCCGUUGGGCACGGCGCGGCAGGUGACCUUCCCGGUGACCACCCGGCUCUCGGACCCGGUGCAGGUCACCGGUCGGACGCCGGACUCGGACUCCGGAGCGGUCCCCGCGGACGAGGAGGAGGCGGAGGAGGCGCGGCGACCGGUGCCGCUGGGCGCGCCGCUCGUCUCUCUGGCCGAGUACACCUCACAGGCCGAGCUGGACGGACCGCUGGAGGGCGGCGGGCUGCGGCUGGAGCGCGACCCGGUGACGGGCCGAGCGCCGGGCCUGCAGCUGUUCCCGGGCACCGAGCCGCCGCAGGUGUACUCCCGACUGGAGGAGCGCCGCCGAGCCGACCACGCCCACACCGUAGUCUACGUCCACUCGGGGGAGGGCCAGGACUGGUCCCCGGCGGGGGAGCAGCGGUGGUCCCCGGCGGGGGAGGAGGAGCAGAGCUGGGCCCCCGCGGAACAGGAACAGAGAUGGUCUCAGGCAGAUGGUGAGCCGGUCAUAGGUCGCUCGCUGACGGCGCGGCAAACCUCAGAGCGCCGGUCAGAGAGGCAAUACCGGACGGAGGAGUCGGAGCCUCAGCACACAGAGUACCAGACAGACGAGACACAGGCUCAGCACACAGAGUACCAGACAGACGAGACACAGCCUCAGCACACAGAGUACCAAACAGACGAGACACAGGCUCAGUACACCGAGUACCGUCCUGAAGAGACGCAGUCUCAGUACACCGAGUACCGUCCUGAAGAGACACAGCCUCAGUACCGCGAGUACCGUCCUGAAGAGACGCAGUCUCAGUACACCGAGUACCGUCCUGAAGAGACACAGCCUCAGUACCGCGAUUACCGUCCUGAAGAGACGCAGCCUCAGUACACCGAGUACCGUCCUGAAGAGACGCAGUCUCAGUACGCAGAGUACCAGACGGAGAGGCAGCAGCGCGCGUUGUACCGGGCAGAAGACGGCACGGUGUACGUCUUCUCGUCAGACGACAGCGCGGAAAAUCAGAAGGAAAAACAAGAGGAGGAUCGAGAGGAGACGGAGCGGGAGAGGCCUGCCGAGUACGAGCAGCGGUACCAGGUGGUGCGGCAGCGGGUACCCGCAGAGGACCGACAGGAGUACCAGGUGGUACAGCAGCAGGCGAGCGCAGAGUACCAGUAUGAGGUGCAGCAGCCAGCACCCAGCCAGUACCAGGUGGUGCAGCAGCCAGCAACCAGUCAGUACCAGGUGGUGCAGCAGCCAGCAACCAGUCAGUACCGUGCGGUGCAGCAGCCAGUAGCCGGUCAGUACCAGGUGGUGCAGCAGCAAACGCAGCAGCAGCAGACAUCUCCCCAGUACCGACAGUAUCUGGUCCGGGACCGGGCGUCCGGCCAGUACCAACUGCAGUACCAGCAGCCGCAGGGACCGGUACCUGCCCAGUACCAGACGCAGUACCGCGCGGUACAGCCGGCGGCCCAGUACCAGCCGGUACAGUACGUCACAGUACAGGCCAGGUCUAUACAAAAGUAA